AAGUGAGAGCUCAAAGUUCGUCACCUCCACAAAGUCACUUCCAUCAUAUAUAGCACCCGCAUUUCAAAGUUCAAACUACUGAAAAAGUUUAGCUUUUGCAAUGGAUACGAUAACAAGCAUGGUGACCGGAAAGUCAGUGGUGAUCUUCAGCAAGAGCACAUGUUGCAUGAGCCACUCCAUCAGGUCACUGAUAGCAGGGUACGGGGCGAAUCCAACAGUGUAUGAGCUUGAUCAAAUCCCAAAUGGGCAAGUAAUAGAGAGAGUACUAGUUGAGCAGCUGAAAUGCGAACCAAGUGUGCCAGCUGUUUUCAUAGGCCAACAGUUCGUUGGUGGAGCUAAUCAGGUCAUGACCCUCCAACUCAGAAAUCAGCUUGCGCCUAGGCUCCUAGCGGCCAAUGCCAUUUGGGUCUGGAACCAACAGUAGUAUAUAUACUACUCUAGUUAUAUCUAUAUUAUAGUCAUGACCACAAAUAACAGUACGUUUUCGUGUUCCCUCCCUCCCGAUCCUUUGGGUUUAUUAUCAUCUCGAUGAUAUGUUGUACUCUAUAUAGAUAUGGCUGGCAAACUUUUAUGAUCUUGUACUACUAGUUCUUUAUUUAGAAGAGCAGAGCUGGGUGAAGUUUUUCCCACUUGGUUGGAGUGGGGAGCUUAAUUUUUAAGUUCAUGUAAUCUCCCUAUAUUACUAUGUUAAAUAAAGUACGUAGAGUACCUGAUCCUCUACCAGAUUAGU